CGCCCACCACAUCACUGGCAUGGCGGAAGACGGAGCAGGAAUUCCGCGUAUGCGCUGCUGACAGGGUCGUUGACGGGGCAACACCACCACCACCGACGAUGAUGACGACGACCAACCUCUGGCGGCUCACAUCUGCUGCCCGGCGGUGAGAGGCGACCCCCGCAGUUACUGACUGACUAACUAACCCGGCUGCGGUGCAUCGCACCCCGGCCACACAGCUGCUGUCAUCGGCUCGUGUCACACUUGGCAGACGGUGGAUGAAGCCAGUGUUUCACCCUGAUGCUCAUGAGUUGGACCGGUGCCUCCUAACUGGACUGGAACUCCUCUCCGGGAUUGAGCGGUCCAGUGUUGCUGAAGGGGGCGAUGAUGGAUGUGCUCGGGGCGCUGCGUUUGGACGAGCUGUCCCACGGGCUGGCGAACUUGCCCAUGUUUCCAUACUUUGACAUGGCGCAUUACGUCGUGUCGGUCAUGGCUCUGAGGGAGCAGCCAGGGGCUCUGGAGGUGUCCAGGGUCAGCCCCUUGGCCUGCUGGUUCAGCUCCAUGCUCUUCUGUUUCGGCGGAGCCGUGCUGUCGGGGAUCAUGCUGGCCGAGCCACCCGUAGCACCUCUGACCAACAGCACCAGCGUUCUGCUGGCUUCAGUCGUCUGGUACCUGGUGUUCUACUGCCCCAUGGACCUGGUGUACUGCUGUGCUGCCCUGCUGCCUCUCAGGCUGGUGCUGUCGGGAAUGAAGGAGGUGACCCGGACAUGGAAGGUGCUUGGAGGGGUCACCCAGGCUCACGGCAAAUACAAGGAUAGCCUGCUCGUCAUGAUUGCCAUCGGCUGGGCUAAAGGUGCUGGAGGAGGUCUGAUCAGUAACUUUGAGCAGCUCGUUCGUGGCGUGUGGAAACCAGAGACUAAUGAGCUCCUGAAAAUGUCUUACCCAACCAAGAUCACCCUGAUCGGGGCGGUGCUGUUCGCUCUGCAGCAGACCCACUACCUGCCUCUGCAGAAGCAUCACCUGAUGCUCCUCUACACCAUCUUCACCGUCGUCAACAAGUCAAGGAUGAUGCUGACUGGGUCCUCCGUCUCACCAUUUGCUGCCGUCGAGUCGGCCGUCUACAAAACCCUCUUCGCCGGCUACUCCCCCUAUGCCGCCCUAACUGGCGAGGUGCAGGAAUCAUGUACUGAUGCUGGCACAACAAGCAGGACGUCCUCCUCCGCCAAGACCAAAGAGUCCAGUGGGAACGGGGCAGCAGGGAAACGCACCCCGGCUCCUCCUGUCGAGGGACAAAGUAAUUCGCUCAAAGCCAAACAGGAGUCAGAGAACGCAGGGACGGCAGACUGCAAAAAGAGCAACUAGUCAGCCUCUGCCCUGUAGCACCUUUUCACCUCUACACUGGGUUGAGGAGUCAUUUCUGAUUCAGAUUUGUCACAUCAGGAAUUUAUAUUCAGUUUUUCUUUUUUGGUCCUGCUGGCUAAAACCAUUUCAUUCCAUUAUUAUUUACAUUUGUUUAAUUCAUUUUGCGUUUCUUAGAGUCCAUUUUUAAAGCCUACUGACGAAGAACUGACUCCAACCAACCCUGUACCUUAUUCUGGGAUAAUCACCCCAUCCUUAACGUAAUGUAAUAUUUAUGCUGUUGGAAAGUGAACAUCAUACUAUCCUUGGGCUGAUUGCACACUUGCAGUACAAUUUGUAGCUUGGUUUUUUAUAUAUAUAUAUAUAUAUUUAUAAUGAGAAAAACUGUUAUUAAUUUUAUCUCUGGGUUCUGGGAACAUUGCUGUGCACCUGCUGAUCUAUGAAUGUCUAUCUUUCUGUUUAUAUUAUGCUUCAAUGUAAAUGCUGUAUUUCCUUCGCUGAGAUUCUAAGAGACAUUUUUAAAAGAGAGAGAUUAUAUUCUAUGACAAUCAUAUAUUUUAUUCUAUUUGUACUAAAAUUGCACUUAAUAAUGAAAUGUGUAACAUUUUUGAAAUGGAAGGCGACUUUUUGUUGUGUUUCUUCAGUGAAUGCUUUGAAAUUAUAUCUAAGAGCAUGAGAAUAAACAGGUCUAAAAGCACUAUAAAA